GUGCAUAGUUUUUUUACAGUGAGAAGUAUUGGAUACAUUUUAAACAGCAGAUUAUUAAAUAUUAUAUAAAUGGACGUUCAAGAUUUAAAAGCACCAUUUAAAUGGUUAGAUUACGUUUUAUUUGCUGGUAAGAUUUUCAGUACGAAUGAAAUAAUUUAUAAAUAGAAUAUUACUGUUUUAAUUGCAAUAGUACCACUUAUUGUAUCAUUGCUAAUUGGUGCUUAUUAUGCUUUAACUGGAAAUCGUGAAAAGACUACGGAUGAAUAUUUCUUGGGAAAUAGGUAUGAUUUAUUAGUUUAUAAUCUAUUUUACCAUUUAAAUUGUAAUAAACAGAAACUUAAGAGUUAUCCCAAUUUCUCUUUCAAUGUUUAUGUCUGUUACAUCGGCGGUAAUGGUAUUAGGGAAUACGGCGGAGAUGUACCUACACGGAGCUCAAAUGUGGUUAGCACCUGUCGGAGCAACUGUAGCAUAUAUAAUUGCAGCUUUAAUUUUUGUACCGUUAUUCUAUCCUUUAAAAUUAACGUCAUCCUUCGAAGUAAUAUAAACCUUUUGUGAAAAUGUCACUACUUAAUCAUUAAUAUUAAAUUCUUGCUUAUACAGUACUUAGAAAUGAGAUUCAAGUCAAAAUCAGUUAAACUGGUCGGAAGUAUUUGCAUCUUAAUAUCAACGGUAUCUUUUGUUGCUUUUUUCUUCAUUGGACUAAUAUUUACUGUAAUAAAAAAAUUACCAUUAAUUUUGUAGGUACUCUACACAGGCAUUGCAAUGUUUUCCCCAGCAAUAGCCUUGGAUGCCGGUUUGUAAAAGAAAAUAUUGUUUAGCCUUUCCAAAAUUUAAGUGGCAGUUUGUUUUUUACUGUCAAUUGUUCUUUUUUUUUUAAGUGACAAACAUACCAGUAUGGGCUAGUUUACUGGUAAUGUCCGUUGUCUGCACUAUUUAUACAACUUUGGGUGGAUUCAAAGCAGUCGUAUGGACAGAUGUCUUCCAAGCCUUGGUUAUGUUUAUCGGUCUUAUUGUAAUUCUAGUUGAAGGUGCGAAAAAGGUUGGAGGAUUGUCGAUUGUAUUUCAAAGGGCGAAAGCUAUGAAUCGGCUAAAGUUCGACAAUAUGAAUCCAAAUCCUUUAAUAAGAUUAUCAUUUUGGACUGUAAUUAUUGGACGAUUUUCCCAAAUUAUCUCAAAUACAGGCACAGGUCAGGUAUCUGUACAACGUUUUUGUUCUCUACCUUCUUUAAGAAAAGCUCAACUGUCUACAAUAUUAUUAACUCCUGCUUACAUUAUCAGCUAUACCUUAGUAUGCAUAACUGGUUUAGUGGUUUUCACUUAUUAUGAUAAAGUUGGAUGCGAUCCCUUAAGGGCAAGGACUGUAAAUGGAGGGAGAGCAGUAAUGCGCAGCCAAAAUCAACUUCUACCGUUUUUUAUUACAAAUGAAAUAGGAAUAAAUGGAUUAUCGGGGUUGUUUGUAUCUGUAUUAUUCUCUGGGGCUCUAUCAUCAGUUUCGUCUUCUUUGAAUUCAAUUUCUGCAAUAGUAUGGAAAGACAUUUUGGAACUAAAAUUUUAUUACCUACCUGAAAGAAAAAAAACAAUCAUAUCAAAAGUUAUUGUUGUCAUUUCGGGUAUAAUUGCAAUAGGAAUGGCAUUCCUAGCUGCGCAGUUGGGUGGUCACGUUUUACAGGCUUCAACAACUUUAUCAGGUGGAAUGGCUGGUCCAGUUUUCGGUCUUUUCAUUUUAGGUGGUUUUUUCCCAUGCGCCAACUGGUAUGGAGCAUUGUUUGGUGCACUUUUUGGGGCAGUUUUAAAUCUAACUAUUGCUGUGGGUCAAUAUAUUGAAAGACCUCAUUCGGGAAGAUUGGACACUAAUAUAUCAAGAUGUCACAUGUACAAUUUAACCUUUUCUCCGGUACCUCAGAAUAAAGAUAAUGUUUUCGGUCUUUUUAGAAUAUCUUUUAUGUAUGUAUCUCUUGUUGGUACUUUAACGUGUGUUAUCGUUGGAUUGAUAGUAAGUUGGAUAACUGGUUUCCAUAAGAUGUCUGAAGAAGAUGAAAAAUACAUCUUACCCUGCUCACGUCGUCUAUUCUCGUGUAAACCGUUUAGGAAAGAUAAAUUAGAAGAGAAGAGCAACGAGAAUGUAGAAAUGAAGGUGAAAUAUUUCAAAUUUUUUUUUUUAUAUAAUAAAUUAUUAAUUACGCUCUUCUUUUCAUUCCCUUUUAACGCUUAAAAAUCUGCAAAUAACGAAAUAUCAGAAAUAUUCGAAGAAUGCUAUCCAUCCAUCAUCCUAAUGAAAUUAGUAUAAAUAACGAUUUUCGUUUCCUUUUAACCUCUAUAGGAAAUGAAUGUUUUUUUUUCGAUAUUGUUUUUUAUAUCACUUUGUCUAUCAAAAUUCCUGUUUUUACUUUUCAAUACAGUUUUUCUACGAUUGAAAAAUGAACCGAGA